CCCCCCCCGCCCGCAGCCAUGCGCGCCCUCUUCAACACACUCAUCGCCCUGGUGGCCCUCUUCGCCAUGGCCUCCUCGGCCUUCGCCAUGCGCGACAACGAUGGUGGCGGCACCACCUGUGCCGUGUGCACCGUGGUCGUCGGCCUGGCCCAGCAGAUGCAGGACCUGGCCACCGAGUCGGCGGCGUACAAGCGCUUCGUGCCGGCUCGGCAGAUUGCCGCGGCCUACUGCAACAACAUGGCCGCCGACAGCGGGCUGAACAAGAUUUGCAAGCACUUCUUCUUCAACUCCAUCGCCGGCCCGGGCCUGAUGCGUGCCAUCGACGCCAGCUACUUCUCCCAGGCCCCCAUCUCGGCGGACCAGAUCUGCCGCUCGGCCGGCUUCUGCACCAACUCCAAGUGCAACCUCUUCUCCAAGAUGUCCCGCUCCCUGGGCGGCAGCAGCAUGGCCGCCGUCGACGUCGAGCAGAUGGCCAGCCCGGAGGAGGACGUCGACCCGGCGGUCUUCUCCGAGGACGCCGUGGCCGAGCGCGAGGAGCUGGUCCGGUCGCUGUGCGCCACGCGCACCUUCGCCCCCUUCUGCAACUGGGGCAUGGAGGGCGACACCCACACCGCGCCGCUGGUCGACCAGGACAAGGACGGCAUCGGCCCGACGGACGGCUCGCAGGUGGUCGUGCGCGGCUCCCAGUGGCGCGGCGCCGAUUGCGACGACAAGAACCCCAAUGUCUACCCCGGCCGCAAGGCCACCACCCUGGACGCCAAGGUGGACCACGACUGCAACGGCGUGGUUGGCAUCGACUCGGCCACCAAGCGCUCCUACGAGGACCUCUUCUGCUCGGGCUUCCGCCGGAUGGGUGUCAUCGGCAUCGGCGACUCGGCCACGGCGCACUUCCACAUCCCGGACACCUGGCUCAAUGCCACGACCAUUUCGCGCGAGGCCUUCGACAGCCUGACCUUCAUUGCCACCAACGAGCUGGACUGGCCCCAGCAGUCGACCGCCUCCUCCUUCGUGACCUCCCCGCACCGGGAUUGCCCGGGCCCGCUGGACUCCAUCUACGGGCGCCUGCGCGAGCGGAACCUCUGCAACCACCGCGACUUCCAGAACAUCGGUGUCAACGGCGCCGAUGUCGUGUCCACCGUGCGCCACAUCAAGACCCUGGCCCGCAACAAGGCCUCCGACCACCCGGUGCUGGUCCUGUUCGCCCUGAUCGGCAACGACAUUUGCUCCAGCAACCCCAGCGUCAGCAGCAUGACCACCCCGCAGCAGUUCGAGGCCUCGGUUCGCGAGUCUCUCAAGUAUCUGGAUGAGAACACCCCGGCCGGUAGCAAGGUCCUGAUUGAGGGCAUUGUCGAUGGCCGUGUGCUGUACCAGCACAUGCACGACCAGAUCCACCCUCUGGGCGUCAAGUUCAGCACCCUCUACGACUACCUGAACUGCCUGAAGAUUUCUCCCUGCGCCGGCUGGCUCAACUCCAACGCUGAUGUCCGCAACGCCUCCUCCAACCAUGCGGCCAAGCUGAACGAUGUCUACCGCAGCAUCCUCAAGAACACCACUUUCCGCAACAUCGAGGUUGACUACAUUGACUACCCGAUCGCCGAGCUGAUCACCCGCUGGGUGUCUCGCGGAGGCAAGGCCGUCGACCUGAUCGACAAUGUGGACGGCUUCCAUCCCUCGCAGGUGACCAACGCCCUCCUGUCGGAGUAUGUUUGGGAGUUCCUCAUGAACAAGCACCCCUCUUGGCUGGGCGACCUGAACCCCAACAACAGCCAGAUCCGCCGCCUCUUCGGCGACCAGGGCGGCUACUAAGUAAGCAGCCGACGCGCCCCACCGGAGGGGCGGUGGCCCCCCCCCCCCCUCCCCCCCCGGCGCCCCUCAGAGGCGGGAGAGGAAAGCAGGGCAAUGCUCCCCCCUCCCCCUUUUUUUUUGCCGGAGGGGCAGGGGUAUGCUUCCUGAAGUGCGACAGGAAGAAGAAGCCCGCAUUCACUUCCCCUCGCUGUGUGUGCUGUGCCUGCCUUUGCGCCCCUCUCCUCCUCUCUCCGCCAGGGUGUCCCCCCCCCCCCCCC